GGGGCGGUGCUACAGGCCGGAGGUGUCAUGGCGGCUGGGGCUUUGGACGCUGUGAGGCGGGCUUUACGAGAGUUCCCGGCUGAGGCGCGGGAGCUCAGCCUACCUCCUGCUGUGCCCUACCUGGACCAGCCGCCUACUCCACUCUGCUUCUACAGAGACUGGGUGUGCCCCAACAGGCCCUGCAUCAUCCGCAAUGCCCUGCAGCACUGGCCAGCCCUUCAGAAGUGGUCCUUCCCCUACUUAAGAGCCACUGUGGGCUCCACAGAGGUGAGUGUGGCUGUGACCCCAGACGGUUAUGCAGACGUGGUACGAGGUGACCGCUUCGUGAUGCCUGCAGAGCGACACCUGCCCCUGAGCUGCGUACUGGAUGUGCUAGAGGGCCAGGCCCAGCACCCGGGAGUCCUCUAUGUGCAGAAGCAAUGUUCCAACUUGACCACUGAGCUGCCCCAGCUGCUGCCUGACCUGGAGCCCCACAUACCUUGGGCCUCUGAGGCUCUGGGAAAGAUGCCUGAUGCAGUGAACUUUUGGCUUGGGGAGGCAGCCGCAGUGACAUCCUUGCACAAGGACCACUAUGAGAACCUGUAUUGUGUGGUGUCUGGAGAGAAACACUUUCUGUUACAUCCGCCCAGUGACCGGCCCUUUAUCCCUUAUGAGUUGUUCACACCAGCAAGCUACCAGCUGACUGAAGAGGGCACCUUUAAGAUGGUGGACGAAGAAGCCAUGGAGAAGGUAAAGGUCCCUGGGACCUGUCUCUUCAUUGUGCGUGUCCUGCAAGCCCAUGGCCUGCCCUCCAAGGACCUGAUGAGCCCCUCUGACUGCUACGUGACUCUGUGGCUGCCCACAGCCUCCAGCCACAGGCUGCGGACGCGCACCGUCAAGAACAGCAGAGACCCGGUCUGGAACCAAACCUUUCGCUUCCGAAUCCACAGCCAGCUCAAGAAUAUCCUGGAACUGAAAGUCUUUGACCAAGACCUGUGUACCAAGGAUGAUGCAGUGUUAUCAGUGCUGUUUGAUGCAGGGACCCUGCAAGCUGGGGAGUUCCAGCGCCAGAGCUUCUCCCUGAACACUGAGGGUGAGAUGCAGCUGGAAGUAGAGUUUCGGCUGCAGAGCCUGACAGACUGUGCAGAAUGUCUGGUCAGCAACGGCAUCCUGGUGGCCCGGGAGCUCUCUUGCUUGUAUGUUCAGCUGAAAGAGGUGGGGGACCGGGAAGGGUCAGAAAGGAGAGUUCAGCUUGUGGUUCCAGGAGCCUGUGAAGGUAUGCAGGAGGCCUCUAAGGGCACCAGCUCUUUCCUGUUCCACUGUCUGGCCUCUUGGGAGCAAGAGCUGAGCAUUCACCUGCAGGAUGACCCCCAAGAGCAACUGAAGGUGCCACUGCAGACCCUACCCUCUGGCCAGCUGGUGAAGCUAGUCUUCCCCACAUCCCAGGAACCUAUGCUGAGGGUGGAACUGAAGAAAGAAGAAGGCCCAAGGGAGCUGGCUGUGCGGCUGGGCAGUGGGCCCUGCACCGAGGAGCAGGCCUUCCUGAACAGGCGGAAGCAGGUGGUGGCUACAGCCCUAAAGCAGGCCCUACAGCUGGACAGAGACCUACAGGAGGAUGAGAUCCCAGUGGUAGCCAUUAUGGCCACGGGUGGUGGGAUCCGGGCAAUGACAUCACUCUAUGGACAGCUGGCUGGUCUGAAAGAGCUGGGCCUCCUGGACUGCAUCUCCUACAUCACAGGGGCCUCAGGUUCCACCUGGGCCUUGGCUAACCUCUAUGAGGACCCAGAGUGGUCUCAGAAGGACCUGGCGAGGCCCACUGAGUUGUUGAAGACACAGGUGACAAAGAGUAAGCUGGGUGUGUUGGCUCCUAGCAAGCUGUGGCGGUAUAAACAGGAGCUGGCUGAGCGUACCCGCCUGGGCCACCCUCCCUGCUUCACCAACCUGUGGGCCCUCAUCAAUGAGGCACUGCUGCAUGAUGGGCCUCAUGACCACAGGCUCUCAGAUCAACGAGAGGCCCUGAGUCGUGGCCAGAACCCUCUGCCCAUCUACUGUGCCCUCAAUACCAAGGAGCAGAGCCUGACAACCUUUGAGUUUGGAGAGUGGUGUGAGUUCUCCCCCUUUGAGGUUGGCUUCCCCAAGUAUGGGGCCUUCAUCCCCUCUGAGCUCUUUGGCUCUGAGUUCUUCAUGGGACGGCUGGUGAAGCAGCUCCCGGAGUCCCGCAUCUGCUUCCUGGAAGGUAUCUGGAGCAACCUGUAUGCAGCCAACCUCCAGGACAGCUUGUACUGGUCCUCAGACCCCAGCCAGUUCUGGGACCGCUGGGCCCAGGAUCGGGCCAACCUGGACAAGGAGCAGGUUCCUCAUGUGAAGAUGGAAGAACCACCCACAGCAGCUGGCCGGAUUGCUGAGUUCUUCACCGAUCUUCUCACAAGGCGCCCACUGGCCCAGGCCACCCACAAUUUUCUGCAUGGUCUCCAUUUCCACAAGGACUAUUUCCACCACCCCCACUUUUCCACCUGGAAAGCUACCAAACUGGAUGGGUUCCCCAAUCAGCUGACACCCACAGAGCCCCACCUUUGUCUGUUGGAUGUCGGCUACCUCAUCAAUACUAGCUGCCUGCCACUCCUGCAGCCUACCCGGGAUGUGGACCUCAUCCUGUCACUGGACUAUAACCUCCAUGGAGCCUUCCAGCAGCUGCAGCUCCUGGACCACUUCUGUAAGGAGCAGGGGAUUCCAUUCCCUCAUAUCUCGCCCAGCCCUGAGGAGCAAAGCCACCCUCAGGAGUGCCAUGCCUUCUGCGACCCCACCCAGCCUGAAGCCCCCAUUGUGCUCCACUUCCCUCUGGUCAAUGACUCCUUCCAGGAAUACUCGGCCCCUGGUUGCCUUGUCUUUGCAGGGGUGCGGCGGACACCUGAGGAGAAGGCAGCUGGGGAGGUGGAACUGUCCUCUACGAGCUCCCCAUACCACUACACCAAGGUGACAUACAGCCCUGAGGAUACGGACAAGCUGCUGCACCUGACACGUUACAACAUCUGCAACAACCGGAAGCAGCUUCUGGAGGCCCUGCGCCAAGCUGUGCAGCGGCGGCAGCUGCGAAGGCAGCACAGACCCCAGUGAUGGUGGGAGAUGCCCAGCUGGGCCCUGCCAGCCCUUUUCCCUGUGGCUGUGAGUCUACAUGGAGACAGCAUCAUCAUGUGUUCUGGAGCCUUUGGGGGCUGUGAUGCUCAGGACCAUCCAGGGGUGGCACUGAAACCACCAGCAACCCUGCACAGAGUCCAGGCUGAGGACUCUCACCCCCUGCAAGAGGCUGGGAGUGAGUGGCCUGGUUCUUUAUGGCUGUAGCCAUAGCCAGAGUCCAUGGAGUGGAAUGGAGCCACCUUCCAUGGACAGGCAGGGCUCAGUGGCCUUGUGGCUGUGGGAAGUGAUGGGGACAAGUGACCAUAUGUACAGAGUGAAGCAAAGCACUUUACAAUACAAAUGCACUUCCAAAUGCA